AUGCCUCCUGGUGCAGUGCGGGCCACAUACACCCCAAAGUGGAGGAGCGAGCAGGAUCAAUUCAUUUUCUCGCCAUCCCCCGGAGAAACCGUCCCAGUAGACGGUGUAUCCUCUGUGGAGGCGUCUCUGUCGGACAACCUACGAUUCACCCUGGGGAGUGGACUACGACGAGAGCGAACCAACCACAAGCUCUCCAUGCUUUCUCCGAUACUGACUUCCAUAGUUGCGGUUGUGGUAAUUGUUACUUGGCUGGCAUUCUGUAUGCCCAGACGAGGUGGCAGGAAAACAGCACAGCUGGUGCAGCGACAUUUGUCCGGCCGCGGGGAAGAUUCCGACCUUAACAGCAUUUUGGAAGGUUGUUUGGAGUUAAGGGAGGAGCUUGGCCUCUCACAGGAUGUUUCGGAGCCUGAUGAGCCGCCAGAAGCGAAGAAGGCUAGGCUGUUUCUCAUGUUGAGAGAGUCGGGGGAAGCAUUUGAACGCAGGCAAGGGGACAAUUCACAUCUGUUGCCUGCAAGGGACUUCGGGCCCUCCCAUGGAGUUUUUGCACAUAAACCGGGCCAGUUAGUUGAGAACUCUGCAUUGGUGGCAUCCAAGCGUGAAGAAUCAAUAUUUGAAGGGGCAAUAAGGCCGCCUGCUUCUGCUUUAAAAAGGAAAUCUUCGCUAGGGCACACCGGCAACGCGACUUCCGCAAGCUCGUCUCCAGGAGCUUUUUCCUACAAGAGCUCUCCGUCAACGGCACAUGUAGCAACUAGAUCAACGUCUGAUUCUAGGGGUAGGUCAGGCACUGAUAACGUAGGCGUAACCCCUGAAGACUGGAUACUAGGAGCUCUAGAUAAACGUUCCCCACAAGGGUGGGACCAGGGACCCAAAGGAGGAGGAUCCCCACAUGAUUCCCAACAGCAAGCGAAUCCAGCACGUUCUGCAACAGAUGCUCUAUCAAAUCGUCCAGCAGUAUUGCCAGUGGCAUCAAUCAUACCCAGUGGUAAAGAAGCUGUUACAUCCACUAGCCAGGGUGUAUACGAACACUCAGCUCAACAGCAAAAGCUCCGAACAGCAAGAUUGGUGGCCGAAAAUGCUCAGCGCAGGGAGUACUUGGCGCAUGAUGGUGGCGCUUCACAACCUUCAAACUCCAUCAGAGAUGUGCUGGCAAAGCCAAUUUCAGACGCCGCACUGAAUGCUGAAGGGAUGGUCCUCUUGCAUCCUUUUGUGCGGCUCCCACAUGUACUUCCGGAGGGUAUUACUCAGGUCUUUGAUGGGGCUCGAGCUUUGUCGAGUAAAGUUUCUGUGGGCAGUCCAAUGAAAGAUUUCACUUCGAUGCGAGAGUUAUUUGCCAAAUCUGCGCUAACAGUCGCAGACGUAGAACAAUUGAUGCAUGAUUGUAAGUGCUUAAUUGCCUAUGCGUGCAAGAAGCUAGCUGGCUCCCUUCAUAAAAGGAACGCUUUCUACGUUGCACGGAAGCUGGCCACAAUGUUCAUGGUAUUCGACUACGUGGUGAGUACGAUCGAGCUCUUAGGGGAUAAAAUGGAUACCCACAGCUGGUGGCCACAGUUUGUGAACAGGUUUCAGACCAAUUACCUUUUUGAAAGAAAGAUUAAUACCCAGCAUGUCACUGAAGGUAUUGCUGCGCUUGCGCAACGCCUAAGUGCUGCGCUGGCUAUCUACAAGACGGGAGUCCGACCACCUGGUGAAAUUAUAAUCGAUUUAAAGAGAACGAUCUUCACCAACUUAAGGAGCAGUUGCAUUUUCGGGCACCGCUCUUGGAUUCAAUGGGAAAACGAUGACACUCUCUUCAGCCAAAUCGGAACAAGCGCUCAAGAAUGA